GUUUCACCAUCCCCAUUCUUCAGAAACAAAAACUAGAAAAACUGGGUUUCUAGAAAAUACUUUAAAAAAAAAUAUGCACUGGCUGACAGGCGCAGCACUGCCUAUAUUGUUUAUAAGGAACCCCAAAUCAAAGAAAUAUGACUACAAUACCCACAUUGCUUUGCGAGCGUUGCUGUUUAGUUUUUAGCAUUUAAACUGCUUUGCUUUCUGGGUAAUGUAGUACCUGUUUCUUCCAAACUUGCCGCUUGAAGAAUUAACCAAUACGAAUUGAGAUUAUUAGAAUGUGGAUUUGCUCUAACAAAGACGAUUGGCCAGUCAGGCGUUUCCGGGCUUUAAAGUGAGUUAGUGACACUGAUACUUGCAGCGAGGCGGAUUUCGAGAGAAUGGCUGCCGGUGGAGAUUUAGGCAAACUUUUACAGGUGCAAAAUGGAAUUCCUUCCCUCGUAAACUACAAUGGAGUGGACCCCCUCCACGCGUGUAGCGUUCUCCAGCAGCUGAAGUCGAUGUACGACGAGGGGCAGCUUGUUGAUAUCGUGGUUGAAGUGGAUCACGGGAAGACGUUUCCUUGUCACAGAAAUGUCCUUUCUGCAAUCAGUCCUUAUUUUAGAUCCAUGUUCACUAGUGGCCUUACGGAAACUACGCAGAAAGAAGUUAGGAUUGUUGGGGUUGACGCGGAAUCCAUGCAUCUCAUCCUUGACUAUGCAUAUACCUCCAGAGUCACGCUGUCGGAAGCCAACGUCCAGGCUUUAUUCACUGCAGCUAGCAUCUUCCAAAUACCUUCCUUGCAGGACCAGUGUGCUCAGUUUAUGAUCAGCCGCUUGGACCCCCAAAACUGUAUCGGGGUCUUCAUGUUUGCAGAUGCCUAUGGACAUCAGGAGUUGAAAGACAAAUCACAAGACUAUAUCCGUAAGAAAUUCCUCUGCGUGGUCAACGAGCAGGAGUUCCUCCAUUUAACUAAAGAGCAGCUGGUUUGCAUCCUCAGCAGCGACGACCUGAAUGUCGAGAAGGAGGAGCACGUCUUCGAAAGCAUCAUCCGGUGGUUUGAGUACGACCGCGACAAGAGAGAGAUGUACCUUGCAGAAGUAGUUGCCAAAUGCAUUCGCCUACCUCUACUCGAUGAGGCUUUUCUAAAGAAAAUUCCUCCAACGUUUGCACAGGCUUUGGCUCGGGACUCGGUGGACUCGGACAAGUCGGAAUCGAGCACCAACGGCUGCGCGCAGAGGCUCGGGAUGACGGCUUCUGAGAUGAUCAUCUGUUUUGACGCAGCUCAUAAACACUCAGGAAAGAAGCAAACAGUGCCUUGUAUUGACACGGUGACGGGGAAAGUGUUUAAGCUAUGCAAACCCCCCAACGAUCUGAGGGAGGUUGGAAUCCUGGUGUCGUCCGAAAAUGAUGUUUACAUUGCCGGGGGCUACAGGCCAAGCAACAGCGAGGUCUGCAUUGACCACAGAGCCGAGAACGACUUCUGGUUGUAUGAACAUGCCGGAAACAAAUGGUUGCCCAAGUUCCCCAUGCUGAGAGCCCGAAUUGGAUGCAAACUCGUUCAUUGCUGCGGUAAGCUGUACGCUCUGGGGGGACGCGUCUACGAAGGAGACGGACGCAACGCGCUCAAAUCUGUGGAGUGCUACGAUGCCAGAGACAAUUGCUGGACGGCUGUUUCACCGAUGCCAGUUGCGAUGGAGUUCCACAGUGCAGUGGAAUACAAGGAUCACAUCUACGUCUUACAAGGAGAAUAUUUCUUCUGCUACAACCCCCACAAGGACUACUGGGGUCACUUGACCACAAUGAAUGUGCCUCGAACUCAAGGUCUUGCAGCGGUGUACAAGAAUUGCAUCUACUACAUUGCUGGAAUCGGCAGGAAUCAUCAGCGCAUGUUCACAGUGGAGGCCUACGAUCUCGAGCAGAACACGUGGAAUCGAAAGAAGGACCUACCGUUUGACCAGGCUACCAGCCCUUACAUCAAACUAAUAACACUCCAUGGAAAGCUGCAUUUAUUUGUCCGCGCUACUCAAGUCACCGUGGAGGAGCUCGUAUUCCGCACCAGUCGGAAAAAUUCUCUCUAUCAGUAUGAUGAAGACUUGGACCAGUGGAAGAAAGUGUACGAAACUCCAGAUAGGCUUUGGGAUCUUGGCCGCCAUUUCGAAUGUGUUGUGGCCAAACUUUACCCCCAGUGUCUUCAGAAGGUUAUCUGAGAUGCGGAUGCAAACAGGGUGGUGGGAGACUGUGCAUCAGUACGCUUGGUGCUAUCAUUUCUACGUGUGUGAAAUCGGCACAAGACCGCUGCAGUUUAUACGGAAGCAGAUGGGUGCUUUUAAAGCUUGCAGUAGCUGAACUGAUUAGGUUCCUACCGAAUUCAUAAGUGCAAUUACCAUUUUGUCUUCUAUGUGUGUUGAGCCAUUUUUGGAAGUUGUCAGUGGGGUCUUCCCCCCAGUUUUGUCUACACAUCGAUUUGCUGCUCAUUUUACCGUACGCCAUUGACUCUCCAGGGGGCUGCAUUCUCAGUCACUUCUUCGACAGCUCUGCCCACUUCACUUUGGAUUCCUGGUAUGUCUCCCCCUCUCUCUUCACCUCCUGCUUCUGCUGUGAUUGGUCACACAGGAAUACGUGAGAAGCAGUCCCGGCCUGCCUUUGAUUUGACGUGAUGCAUUGGCCUUCGGUCACACUGAUGAACCACCACUUGUAGGCCGUGACACUUGUAACACUACAAUGGCUGGAAUUUCAUGUUGCACAAUUCCUCGUACAUUUUUGUGUCUGUUUUUUAUUUGAAUUUGGGCGAAUGCCCCCCCACCUCACAUGACAAAUUCCUGUACUGUUUUCAAAUGCAAUAUUUUCUACAUGUUGUCCAUUGUAUCUGUCAGGACGUUGAGGUGACAUGGGUGUCCCUGUCUGUGUCCCUGCAUACUCAAAAGGGUCACAAGCUUCAUUUGAGUCUGUCAUGGACCGUCUAGUAGGGCAGCCGGGUGGCUUGUUUGUUGGUUUUUUUUUUUUCUUCUUUUUUUGUGUGUUUUUAUUGCUAUUCUAACGUUCUUACUCAUCCAGGGUAUGGCGAGUGUAUACGUGAGCGAGGUGUGUGUGUGACGUCGUCUCAAUGAAGACGCCAUGUCUCGUGAAUCCCGUUCACUCCAUUUGUGUAUUGGUUUCCUUUUUAAGCUUUUUGCGUGUGUGUGUGUGUGUGUGUGUGUGUGUGUGUGUAUAUAUACACACACACACAAAAAUAAAAAUAGUAGUGCUGCAAUUCGGAGGACAACAAUUCCAAAGAUAGGUCGAGUUUGUGGUGUGUCAGCUCUGGACAAGAGUAUCAGCUUUAUAUCUCUCUUUCAUUCUUCACACGAAUGCCUUUUCCUGAAUAAGCAUGAAGGAAAUCUUCGAGAUUUUUGCCUUGUUUUAAUCAACUGCAUUUUUGGUUUUCACAAAUCGCGUUGCAAAAAGACUUGUGGGCGCUCGCGCGGCGAGUGAGGUUCGGUCAUCAGUCUUGUCUUAGUCCUGAUGUGGAGACGUCAGUAGUCCGUUGGCCUGUCGGAGGAGCGCAGAAGAGCCGACUGGCUUGGCGUCCACCGCCCCGGUGCCUCGGCGUGCAGGUAACGACGGACACCUUUGUCUUGCCUAGGGUGGCGACUCUGGUUGAAGGUAGGACUUCUUCUGGCUGCAUCAGUGUUAAAGAUUUCCAUGCCAGCCUGCUGUAUUUUCUUGGCGACUGCCAGAGCUUCCUCGUUGGGUUUUGAUUUUAGUCGACGUGAUGUGCCUACUGACAGAAGCUCCGCGAAUUCAGGCGAGUAGAAAGUGGUGUUGUGUUUGUUGUACUUGUUUCAUGUUUUUUUUUUUUUGUACUUUCAAAAACCUCAAAUCAUUUCAGAGCAGAAUAACCAAUAAGAUGUCUGACUGCAAACGUUUAGAAGCACCCUUGUGGAAAUUGUAGAGUUGAAGAGUUUAUUUUAAUAAAAAGAAGUCUUGCGUUUCUUGGGUGUGCUUAUAGAAAAUGUUGGUGCUGCUUUUAUGACAAUCUUUUCUAUUUGUGUCUCAGUUGUGUUCAUUGACAUGCUGAAGGGCGCGCUGUCGUGUAAAUAAUGGUGACACUACUCGUUGGGGCGACCGUGGAUCACACUGUCUGUGGAGACCCUCGAUUUGCACUACACGUUCAUUGCUUCCCUAAAAACGCUAAGGGCCGUCAACAGCAAUAUCACUUUUUGCCUUUUAGCUUUUGCUUUUAUUAAGCAUCUUGAAUUGUGAAGAAGAAGAAGAAGAAGAAGCCAGUAGCAGCAUUACGACACAUUUUUGUUGUUUUUUUCGUGGGCGAGGGCCACCGGGGUCUUGAUCAGCAGACAGAGCUGAAGGUUUUGGGGGUUUGUUUGCUCCGUGUUUGAUUUUUGCCUCAUCUGUGACACUCCACGUACGAUUCUCAGGAUUCUUUCAUUACGUAGUACUGUACGAAGCAAAGUUCUGAUCUGAGGGACGUUUUUCUUUUGUAUAUAAAUAGUUUGCUGUACUUGCACAUGUUUUAGGAUUUUUACCAAUUUGUUCCACUUGAAGCUUAGACGUGCAUUUUCUACUCUUUAUUACCAGAAGCAGACUUGUUUAGUUACGAGGAGACUGGCGAGGCUGACGAGUACGUAAAGGACGACUUUCGGCUCCUUUAUCUAGAGUAGCGUGACUUAGUUAGGUCGGAGAGGGUGCUUGUCGGUUCUGAUCCUUAUUCUCCCGAGAGGAACCUUAAUGCCAUUUGAUGAGAAUUCUCUUUAGGACCCCCCACAUGAUUUUUGUUUUCCUCACUAACUCUCUGCUCACAGUUUACGAGUUUUAUGGUACGCGGGGGGCGUUCAGGGGUUGCAGAUCCUUUCGAUUCCAGGGCUUCCUGCUAAACGUGGAGGAGUCGAGCGGAGGUUCAGCUCUACUGUGAAAAAAGUACGUUGCACAUUUUAAUUAUUCUUUCUUUUUUACCCCUGGGAUCUUAAAAUUCAAAGUCUUGCUUUUCUCAGCCCCCGCUCCCACCAUAGUAUUUUAUGUAUGUUUGUAUUUAUUUUGGAUGUGUGAAUAUCGUUGUAUUUGUAAUCUUACUUUCAUUGAUAAACUGUGCAUGUUUGUUUGGACCGCAUUUGUUUUCUUUUAAACUAAAUAAAGUGCAGUCAUUCUCAAGAGUU